GCGCCUACGAAUUUACUAACCACUCGCUGUUUGCUCGACGCUCGUUGCUUACCGUAGCACAACGUUCACGCCCUCGAUGCGCCGUACAAAGUGGCUCUGCUCCUGAAACGCGAUCCUCUCCAUUGUCCCUCUCGCUGGUUCGACAACCUGACCAGUCUCUGUGACCACUUGCCCCAAGUGGACGUUCCUUGACUCCCGGUGAAAAUUUAGCUAAAUGCGCAAUAAACAACUCCAAUACCGCGGGAGCCCUGCCUUCGGUGCCUGAGGUUCGCUAAACGUAAGGCUCGAGAAUGCAAACGCUGUUCGAUUAUCAAGAAGAUGAGUGUCCUUGGUAUUAUUUUGAUAGUUCCUACAAAACGCUGCUGGGCGCCUGUCUCAUACUCUUUGGUGUAUUCGGGGUGCUGCUAAACGGUUGGCUUUUUGCCACGUUCAUCCACAGCCACCUGUUAAUAUUCAAGAGUCAUAUUCUGGUACUUAAUCUAUGCUCGGCAUCACUUGGCAGAAAUCUACUUGGUUUUCCUUUUUCGGGAUCGUCAGCGAUAGCGAAAAGGUGGCUGUUCGGCCCAUCAUGCUGUCAACUUUUCGCGUUCUUGAAUCAGUUUUUUGGUGUCUUUCAAAUGGCCGCCUUGUUCUCCAUUGUUCUGGAGAGAUAUUUACAAGCCAGAUUUUACCGACGUGAAAAGUCACUUUACUUCCGAUGGUACUGGACGCUGGUGGGCGUAUGCUGGUUGAGCUCCGUGAUCUUCGCGACGCCGCCGCUGUUCGGAUAUGGAGUGUACUCCUGCGACACCACGGGCACCUCGUGCACCUUUCUGUGGCCGUCGCUACAGGCUGGCACUAGGCAAAUCGGAUACAGUAUACCUUAUGUCAUACUGUGCGGGGUGGUACCCGUGAUAGCCAUUUUUUAUUUCAUGGGGAAAGCAAUACGUUUGGAAAGGAUAUAUUACAGAAGUGAACAACAAAGAGAACAAAAGCGCCUUACAAAGAGUGCACACGCCUUGACAGUGGCGACCCUGGCGCUGUGGGUUCCAGCAGCAGUGCUGAGCGGCUGGCAAUGGCUGCCGCUGCUGGCGUAUGGCUACCGGCCGCAUGUGCCAGCGGCACUAGCUCUCAUCGCGCCCAUUGCAGCUGAGGCAGCAACUAGCAUUCCAGUCCUCUGCUACCUGGCUUCAGACGAAAGAUUACGUGCCGCCCUGCUAGGUCGCAUGCGGCGGCACUACGCGCUCCUACACCCCGACAAGGCCAAGCAGUUCAACAGGGAAUACCUCCUCAAGCAACAGAACAACGAUUACUAUACAUAUGGAAUGUAACGGUUUCAGUGCUGUUAUUGAAAAAUUAACG